AUGGUGUAUAUCAAUGCUUGGGCUAUUGGAAGAGAUCCCGCCACGUGGGAAAACGCAGAUGAGUUCAUGCCGGAGAGGUUCUUGGAGGACGGUCAGAUUCCGGAGUUGAUUACCUUUGGAUUCGGGAGAAGAGGGUGUCCGGGAAUGGGAAUGGCGAUUGCCGAGCUGGAACUUGCAUUGGCAAAUCUUGUAUACAAAUUUAAUUGGGAAUUGCCUAAGGGAGAGGAUAUUGAUUUCGAAACUAAGCCUGGACCAACACUGCAUAAGAAGAAUGCUCUUCGUCUUAUUGCUAAGGUUGCCAUAUAA